AUGGAGGAACCACAGCAAUUGCUCUCUCGUCGUGCGGAGAUCGAGAAGACCGCUUUGACUGGCUCGCAGCUCCCACGGGGCCAGUUCAUAUUCAGCUUCUCGCUCGUCACCAUGCUUUUCUUCCUCUGGGGUCUUUCGUACGGGCUCAUUGACUCGCUCAACGCACACGUCCAGACCGUCUUCAACCUCAGCAUUGCUCAGUCCACCGCUUUCCAAGCGGCCUACUUUGGGUCGUACCUGGUCAUGGCCCCAUGGGCUGGUGUCUUCAUGCGUCGCUUUGGCUUCAAAAAAGGUAUCCAUGUGGGUCUUGGUCUCUUCAGCUUGGGUACGAUCAUGUUCUGGCCUUGCGCUAUCUUCAAGAGCUACCCGGGCUUCAUCGUGUGUACAUUUGUCGCUGCGUCUGGCCUCUCAUGGCUCGAAGUUGCUGCAAACACGUACAUCACAGUUCUUGCACCCAAGCCAGGUUCUGCGCCGUUUCUGCUCAGCUUUGCGCAAGCCUUCAAUGGUCUCGCCACAGUGAUCGGACCCCUGAUCGCCAGCAAAGCCUUCUACUCAGUCGGCGUAUCUCUCGGAGGCGUCCAGUACACCUACCUCGGUGUCUCCAUGCUCGGUGUCCUGAUCAACCUCGGCUUCUGGGUUGCGCCGCUGCCUGAGGUUCGCCAAGCCGUCUCGGUCGAAACCGAGAAGCGCAUCCAGGGCUCGUUCUGGACCCAAUGGCACACCACGAUCGGUGCCUUCUGCCAGUUCCUCUAUGUUGGAGCCCAGGUCGCCUGCGCCGCCCUCAGCAUCAACUACAUCAUCUCCCAGCCCAUCCCGGGACAUCCAGAGGGUAUCUCCAAGGCGACCGCUGCCAACAUGUACGCCGGUCUCCAGGCCAGCUUCACCCUCGGCAGGUUCCUCACCGCCCCGCUCCUCAAGAGCUGCGACCCGUGCCUCGUGCUCGGUAUCUAUGGCGUCAUGACUUGCGUUUUCGUCGCUGUUAGCGGGACAGUUGGGGGCAUCGCUGGCAUCGUCUCUCUCUACUUCCUUUUCUUCUUCGAGUCUGUGCAAUACCCGACAAUCUACGCCAUCGCCACAUCGGGUCUCGGCUCGUACGCGAAGAUUGGUGGCUCGUUCGUCGCUGCCGGUGUGUCGGGCGGUGCAUGGUACCCAGCGGCACUGGCUUCCUUCGCCGAUCGCAAGGAUAUUGCGCAUGCCCACACGCGCGCGUACUUGCUCGCUAUGUUCGGCUUCGUUGCGGUCUCGGCGUACGGCUUUGGCAUGUUUAUCGACCAAGGCAAGCGGCGCGGCCACUACACCUGGCGCAACCUCAACGACCUUGGCAACCUCCCAGCGCGCGGUGAGCUGCCGGCCCAAGCGACCGCCUCAGGCCACUGGGUCACUGAAGCUGGCCAGUCGUCUGUCGAGGAGACUGACUCGAAGGAGCUGAAGGUAUAG